UAGUUAUUCAACUCAUUGGGGGAGGAAUAUUUUUAAAAAGAGACAUUUUAUUUUUCCCUAGCUCUUGUUUUCAUAUUCUUUUAGCCAUUGGUGCUCAAGAUACAAAUGAUCUUGUGAAGAGCUGAUGUUUUAGAAUAUCUGGAAUAUUCUUAAGUAAAUGUUGUGGUCUGGUUGGUGGCAAGGAAUGAACUAGAUCAACAAACAAGGUGAUAACCUUGAGUAGUUAAUUACCCUGCAGCAGACAAGGUUUUAGAAGAUGCAGUGCUUGAUUGCCAUUCCCACUUGACUCUCUCAUACUUCGGUUCCCUAGGAGCAGGACUGGAUUAAAACAAUACACAGAGCUGUAAACCUAAUAAGCUAAAUGCUUGAACUGUGGAAUAUGAACAGGUAGGCUAUUUUCCUGAGCCAGACUUUCUCAUUUAGAGGAAUUUGGGGUAGUAAUGAGCCCCGAAUCUCCUGCGUUCCACUAAGAUGUUCAGAAAUCUUAGAGCUGUUUUAACAUUUGAUCACAUAGUCAUUUGCUUCUAAUGGAGGUUAGGAAACUGGGAAGAAGCCUCGUGGUCAGCUUCAGGGAGUAGUGCAGCAACUUGACUUAAUAACCUUGUGUGAAUACUUCCGUGCUUUCCAGAUCUACUAUUGAGACAAAGUGAUCUUCAUCAACAUAUUUAGGCUUUUGUAUUCAGAAUACAUAAACUACCCUUUCAAAGGCCCCAAAAGUUGUAACUGAGCAGCCACUUUCAUCUUCAAGUGCUGAACCCAGCAAUGAGUGCUACUGUCUGUGUACCACCCUGUCUAAGGAGGUGGUGCAAAGCAGGAAGAAAACAGGAGAGAAGCAGUGGGGAAGAAAACAGGACAGAAGCAGCAGGAAGCUGAGGAAGAUGGAUGAAAACAUGGACUUCAGAUCAGAGAAUUAGUGACUGACAAUACCAAAUCAAACAAAUGUGUGUCCACUGGAAGGUGUAGCAUCUUUCUUGGUGAAAAUACUGCUCAAAAACUCCAUUGUGAAUUAAGAGUUGCAUCUGAGGGCAAAAAAAAAGUGUUGCAGCUGAAACAGAUUGGAGUGUAAUUUACUGCACUCCAUUUCAUACUGAGAUUAUUCUCUUGGUUUAAAAAUUACAGCUUUCUGCCAAGAUAAAGUGAAACAGACAACAAAACAGAUAGUGAAAAUGGAUUAAAAUACUUCCAGAUGGCUUCCUGUGGACAAGAUAAUCAGAUCAAACUCUGGCUUAUUUUGUUUACAGAUUUCUUAGGUGUUCAGUUAAAAUAUAAAUGCACACUGAAUGGGCACUCUGCCCCAGUUUUGGCUUGUGCAUUUUCGUGUGAUGGACAGAUGAUAGUCUCGGGGUCUGUGGACAAGUGUGUCAUAAUCUAUGAAACUAGUACUGGCAAUACCCUUCAUUCUUUGUCUCGGCAUACGAGAUACGUUACAACUUGUGCUUUUGCACCACAUAGUCCCUUACUUGCCACAGGCUCAAUGGAUAAAACUGUGCACAUAUGGCAGCUUGACCUUAAGCAAUCCUGUGCAGGAGAUACUGUAGAAAAUGAAUCAAAGAUGGCUGUUGAGGACUGGUCAGAGGAUGAUGUUUCAGCCUGGCUCUGUGCACAGGAUUUAGCAGACUUUGUUGGACUUUUCAAAAUGAAUAAUAUUGAUGGCAAGGAACUACUGAAUCUUACUAAGGAAAGUCUUGCUAAUGAACUAAAAAUUGAAUCUCUAGGCCUGCGCAGUAAAAUUCUCCAGAAGAUUGAACAGCUGAGGAUGACAAUGAACUCGGUUUCUGUUCCUGAUGAGUUCCUCUGUCCUAUAACAAGAGAGCUUAUGAAGGAUCCUGUCAUUGCCACAGAUGGCUAUUCCUAUGAAAGGGAAGCAAUGGAAAACUGGCUCAGCAAAAGACGAUCUAGUCCCAUGACGAAUCUUCCUCUCCACUCUCUUAUGCUCACACCAAACAGGACACUAAAAAUGGCCAUUAGUCGCUGGCUAGAGACUCAGCAGAAAUAGUUAAACCACUUAAUUUUGAAGUUGUUUGUUAAAAUUAAUUGCAAGUUUAUGCAGCCGAAGGAAUUAAUUGUAUCAGAAACAAAUGGAAAGAAAAAGUGUUUCUCUUCUAAUCUGUGGCUGGUUCAACCUUCAUUGGUGCAAACUCCCACAAAUUUUUUUAAGCUCCUUGUAGCUCUACUUUGUGGUAUUUCUGUUUAAGAGUGAAGUACUCAAACUGAAUUUUUCAAAUAAAAUUUUCUUAAAAUUUUUACUACA